AUGAGAGAAGACCCUGAGAGCUGCCCAAGCUGUAGGGCUGGCUCACAGAGCAGUGUGGUGGCUGGCUACUCCUUCUUCAAGGAUGGCCACACCCUGAGGUCAGACUGGAGCUCACCAGAGUUUUGGAUCUCAUUAAUAUGGAAGGAAGACUCAGGAUAUUACUGGUGUGAAGCGAUGACAGCAUCUCACAGUAUCUCAAAACAGAGUCAUUGAUCUUAUAUACAAGUGCAGAGAAUCCCCGUGUCUGGAGUGUUCCUGGAGACCCAGCCCCAGGGGGACCAGGUGGUCGAAGGGAAGAUGCUGGUCCUUGUCUGCUCUGUGGCUGAAGGCACAGGGGACACCAUGUUCUCCUGGCACAGAGAGGACACGAGGGAGAGUCUGGGGCAGAAGAGUCAGCGUUCCUAGAGAGCAGAGCUGGAGAUCCCUGUUAUCAGGGAGAGCCACGCAGGGGGCUACUACUGCGCAGCUGACAACGGCUACGGCCUCAUCCAGAGCGAGGCGGUGAACGUCUCCAUGAGAAUUCCAGUGUCACAUCCUGUCCUCACUUUCAGUACUUCUGGGGCCCAGGCCUUCACUGGGGAUGCAGUGGAGCUUCGCUGUGAGGACAAGAGAGCAUCUCCCCUCCUAUACCAGUUUUAUCAUGAAAAUGUCACCCUGGGGAGCACCUCGGUGCCUUUUGGAGGAGGAGCAUCCUUCAACCUCUCUCUAACCACAGGGCAUUCUGGGAAAUAUGCCUGCGAAGCCGACAAUGGCCUGGGGGCCCAACGUCAUGGGAAGGACAAGUCCAACGUCUCCUUCCACUGUAGGUGUGAAAUAGGUACUGUACUAGGAUCAAGGCAGUACUGGAAGUGGGAACAUCCACCUAAAAUCCGCUUGGUGAAUGGUGCCCACCACUGCAAUGGGCGGGUGGAGGUGGAAAAGGAAGGUCGCUGGGGCACUGUGUGUGAUGAUGGCUGGGACAUGAAGGAUGUGGCCGUGGUGUGCCAGGAGCUGGGCUGUGGAGCGGCCAAGCACACACCUGCAGGCAUGUUGUAUCUGCCAGUGGCAGAAGAGGACUGA